AUGGCUCAGAAAUUCGAUAGCUGCGACCGCCGGAUUCUGACGUUCCCGGCUGUACGCCCUUGUGAGUCCAUCUCUCCGGCAACCCUUCUCGGCUCUUUGAUCCCUCUCUCCCGCAACAUAUGCAAUUUCCAAUCCAAACACUUUGCAACGCAACGGAGAAAUAGCCGAGAAAUAAUCCGCCAAGUUAGUAUUCUUCUCAUGUUCUUUGAGGAAAUUCGUGACUGCAAUUCUGUUGUUUCACAUUCUCUGAUCCUCUGCCUGUCCGAGCUUCACCUGAGCUUUCAAAAAAUUCUGUUUUUAUUGGAAGAUUGCACGAGGGAUGGCGCUCGGAUUUGGAUGCUGACAAAAUGCGAGUUUCUUGCAAGUCAAUUCCGGAUGAUAAUUCGAGCUUUGGCCACCGCCCUUGAUGUUUUGCCAUUGAGUUUGAUCGAUGUGGAUUUUGAAAUCAAGGAGCUGGUUGAAUUAGUAUUGAAGCAAUCAAGGAAGGCAGAAUUUGAGCCUGACCCAGAUGACAAAUUGGCUUCCAAAAGAUUGCUUGCGAUAUUGAAUCAAUUCGAAAAGGGAAUUGAACCGGAUUUGAAUGGCGUAAAGAGGGUUCUUGAUUACCUUAAAAUCAAAAGCUGGAGUGAAUGUAACAUGGAGAUUAAAUUCUUGGAAGAAGAAAUCGCUUAUUCCGAGAGUUCGAAUUGCAACGAAAGAGAGGUUCCUUUUCUCAGUAGCUUGGUGGGGUUCAUGAGCUACAGCAGGGGAGUGAUUUUCGAAGCACUGGAUGAUCAAAACUCCGCGAAUCGAGUCGAUGUUAGGUGCAGCAUGGAGACGCACUUUAGUUGCUUAAACCCUGAAGAUUUUAGGUGCCCAAUUUCUCUUGAGCUGAUGCUUGAUCCGGUGACUGUAUCUACAGGUCAGACUUACGAUCGGUCUUCGAUUCAGAAAUGGCUCAAAGCUGGAAACAAGCUCUGUCCCAAAACAGGGGAGAGGCUCACAAGCACAGAGUUGGUACCUAAUUCGAUUCUGCGAAAGGUAAUCAAAAAGUUUUAUGCCAACAAUGGCAUUUCUCAUAGCAAGUCAGGAAGACAAAGCCGCGACAUAAGUCAAACCGCUGUGCCUGGCAGCCCGGCCGCUGCUGAAGCUAUGAAGUUUCUUUCAAGAUUUCUCAGCAGCAGGCUUGCUUUCGGUACAAAUCAACAGAAAAACAAGGCUGCUUAUGAGAUUCGAUUGCUCGCGAAAUCGAACAUUUUCAACAGGUCUUGCUUGAUCAAGGCUGGCUCUGUCCCUCCUCUCCUGAAACUAUUGUGUUCCACUGAUGCAUCCACACAAGAGAACGCAAUUGCAGCCUUGCUGAAGCUCUCAAAAUAUGCAAGCGGCAAGAAAUUGAUAAUGGCACGUGGAGGACUGCUAUCAGUUCUUGCUGUUCUUGAACAUGGAUUGAGUUUAGAAGCCAGGCAAAGUGCAGCUGCAACAAUAUUCUACCUCUCCUCAGUGAAGGAGUAUCGAAAAGUGAUCGGGGAAACACCUGAGGCCAUCCCGGCUCUUGUGGAGCUGAUCAAGGAAGGGACAACUUGUGGGAAGAAGAAUGCUGUGGUUGCGAUUUUCGGGCUGCUCCUCUGGCCCGAAAAUCACCAAAAGGUGCUUGAAGCAGGUACUGUUCCAUUGCUCGUUGAGAGAUUGGCUUCAUCAGAAAAUACUGAACAACUUAUCAAUGACACACUGGCAGUUCUUGCAAUGCUGGCUGAGAAUGUUGAAGGAACACUUGCAAUCCUGCACACCACGGCAUUGCAUCUGAUCACCGCCAUUCUUCAAACUUCAUCAUCCCAAACCGCGAAAGAGUAUUGCGCUUCAACAUUGCUGUCGUUGUGCAUCAAUGGUGGGGUGGAGGUUGUUGCUGUUUUGGCAAAGGACUCAUCUCUGAUGCCUAGACUCUUUUCACUCCUGACGGAUGGAACCGCUCACGCGAGCAAGAAAGCGCGAUCGCUCAUCAAAAUUAUGCAUACCUUCCAUGAAACUAGCUCUUUGAGAUGGAUGAGUUCUGCGGCUCCAAGAGCACAAUGCAUUCAGGAACGGUGA